AUGGGACAAACCCUAACCACCCCAUUAAGCCUUACUUUAGACCACUGGCCUGACGUCUGCGUCCGAGCCGACAACCUGUCAGUCGAUGUUCGAAAGAAGAAAUGGGUGAUCUUUUGUUCGUCCAAGUGGCCUACUGUUGGGGCAGAAUGGCCAAGAGAUGGCACUUUCAAUCUCAAUAUUAUUUCCCAGGUUAAGGCAAAAGUGUUCAGCCCAGGACCACAUGGACACCCGGAUCAACGCCUACACUUUUACCUGAGAAAGUUUGCCCCUAAGGUUCCCCCUCCCCCAGAGAGUCAACAGUUUGUGCCUCUCCCUACUGCACCUUCCCCUGUCCCACCCUCUUCUUUCCUAUAUCCCACCAUUCUUAAGGAGAAGGUUCCCAAAGAAAAACCUCCGAAACCUACCCCUGCGCCCCCUCCCGUCCUUCCUCCGAACCCUGACUCUCCCCUCACUGACCUUCUAUCAGAAGAACCCCCUCCUUAUGCAGAUCCAAAGGAUCCAGAGAGUCUGGAUGGGCCAGAGACUGCAGCGGCGGGUGGACAGCCUGCACAAGUCUCCCCAGCCCCUUCACCCAUGGCGGGAAGACUCCGGGGAAGGCGCGAACCACCCCCUGAUUCCACUACUCAUGCCCUACCCUUGAGAGAGGGCCCAAAUGGCCGACAGCAAUACUGGUCAUUCUCUGCCUCAGAUCUAUACUAUUGGAAACACCAAAACCUCCCAUUCUCCAAAGAUCCAAUAACACUGACUAACCUGAUUGAGUCUAUUUUAGUCACCCACCAGCCCACUUGGGAUGAUUGCCAGCAACUCUUGCAAGCCCUGCUGACAUCAGAGGAAAAGCAAAGAGUCUUUUUGGAGGCUCGGAGAAAUGUCCCAGGUGACAGUGGUAGCCCAACCCUUUUGCCUAACGAAAUUGACGAGGCCUUCCCUCUGACGCGACCUGACUGGGAUUUCACCACAACUGCAGGUAGGGGACACCUACGCCUCUAUCGCCAGUUGCUAAUCGUGGGUCUCCGAGGGGCAGCACGCCGCCCCACCAAUUUGGCCCAGAUUAAGCAAGUAAUACAGGGAAAUGAAGAGACGCCCUCAGCCUUCUUAGAAAGGCUCAAGGACGCUUAUAGGAUGUAUACCCCCUAUGACCCUGAAGAUCCAGGGCAAGCUACAAGUGUAUCCAUGUCUUUCAUUUGGCAGUCUAGUCUGGAUAUUAGAAGCAAAUUGCAGAGGCUUGAGGGUCUCCAGGGAUAUACUAUACAAGACUUACUAAAAGAGGCAGAGAAGAUUUUCAAUAAGAGAGAGACUCCAGAAGAAAAAGAGGAAAGAUUAUGGCAGAGAAUGAAAGAUGGGGAGGAUGAAAGAGACAAGAGGAGAAACAAGGAAUUAACUAGGGUGUGGCCACCGUGGUUCAGGGACAGAAUAGAGAGGGAGACAGGAGGGAGAACGACGUAG